UUAAAGAAGAGGUCAGUAGGAAGAUGUCAUCAGUCACACACAUUGCCACUGAGGAUGCCGCAGCAGGUAUUUUGUCCAUUGUGCUUUUUGCUGGCCUGAUGCAGAGCUGCUGGUUAACUGUAGCACCUUUUUCCCCAUAAACUUCUUACUUUUCCCUUCUUGCCAUUCAAUUAGCUUUUGAAACUAAUUUCCUUCCCAACAAAACAGUCCCAAUCACUAUCAGAAACGUUUCCUUAUGUUGGCACUUGAUCUAUGCCCCGUGGCUGACAACCCUUCAUGCAAGGAGGAUGUUUGACUUGAUGGAGGAAUCUAGGGCCAGGGACACAGUCUGAAAGUAAGGGAGAUGGCAUUUAGGACUCAAGACAAGGAGAAAUGUAUUUAUUGGCAACACAAGUGAAUCUGCAGAUGCUGGAAAUAAAUAAAAACAUAAAAUGCUGGCAGAACUCAGCAGGCCAGACAGCAUCUAUGGGAGGAGGUAGUGACAACGUUUCGGGCCAAAACCCUUCAUCAGGAGUCCUAAAGGGAACUCCCAAUCACCCCUGCCGUGGACCACUUCUACAAUGAAGGGAUCCACAUGCUCCACGACUGCUGGACUAAGUGUGUCUAUGUACGAGGGGACUAUGUUGAAAAAUAAACGUGCUAGGUUUUCUAAAAUUGACUCCUAUCUAUAUAUCCAUUGUAUAUAGAAGGUUCUUCUAGAGAGGAUGCAGCACUAGACCUCCUCUUAGGGAAGAGGGUAGAGUAAGUGACUGAAGAGUCAAUUGGUUACCAGUGACCAUAGUUUGAUCAGCUUUAACCUGGUCUACCACAGCAGGGCCAACUUUGGAGGUGUGAGGUGGAACCUUGCCGAAGCUGACUUUGUGAGACUGCAGGUAAAGGAAUGUCCAGUAUGUGGACAGCUUUUAAGAGGGUGGGAUCAGGGAUAGCAUGUACCUGCUCAGGUGAAGGACAAGGCUGAUAAGCUGAGGGAAACAUGGCUGAUGAAAGAUACCAAGGCUCAUUAGUGAGUAGGUGCGUCUAAGUGUGGCUCCCGAUUUUUAUUGAAAAUCUACCUGUUUAUCUUCGUCGUAUGCUCGAGGUAACUGAUUAUUUAAUGUUGUGAACAACCCGGGACAUUGCUGGACACUGACAUGGCAAACAAAAUGCACCUUCAAAGUAAAACUGGGGAAAAAGAUAGCGAAGCCUUGAGCAGGAAAGCUGAUGUUACAGUAAUGGCGCCGUUGCACGCUGCUGGGCCUGCGCUACCCGAUGACGGAGAGGCUUCGUUUAGUACUUCUUACUGACAUGACGCAAGCGGUGCAUUCUGCCCUGAAAAGAGAACUUGAAGAUGCUUUGUCACCUGUGAAUGCUACCGUGGAACAAAUUAUGCCAUAUUACGAAUCACAUGACAAACGCAUUCGUGAGGCUGAACAUGGCCUAAAUGAUUACAGUGACCGACUGACGAGCGCCGAAGCCGCCAUUGCAGCGCUGCAGAGCGACAACGCAUUUCUGAAAGGGAAACUAGAUGACCUCAAAAAUCAGUCGCGGAGAUCCAUUUUGAGAGUGGUUGGCAUUCCUGAAAAUUUGGAAGGUUCGGACCCUGUUAAACUUACGACCGAGUUUUUUGACGAAGUGCUGGGGACAAAUUUCUUCCCAAGGUUUCUCGUACUUUUGCGCGCUCACCGAGUCGGGCCUAAACCAUCUGGUGUCUCUGAAGCCAAGCAAACGAGGCCAAGAACGUUCCUGGUUCUCUUUUACUUCUUUCAAGAUAAGCAACGUAUCAUCAACAGACGGAAGCAGGAGCUAUAUUUCCGCAGACAUCACGUGUUUUUUCAUGAAGAUUUUUGCGCGGAGCUGGGGAAAAAACGAGCAGCUUUCAAGGAUGUGAAAUCCCUGCUUUACAGGAAAGAGGUCAGGUUCGGCCUCUUGUAUCCUGCCUGGCCGGAUCCGGGUCAUCCAUGAAAGUAAAAAGCAUUAUCUCGAUACACCAGAGGCGGCCAAAGAGUUUUACCAUUGGCGCUGGGGAGAAGAAGAACGAGAAGAGCAAUGACUUUUUUUAGGUUAUUCAUGCAGCACUGAAGGGGCCUCCCACCGAGGCAAACUGUUAAUUUUCGCAAUUCACUUCUUUGUUCAUUUUUUUUCCAGUUUAAUUUGUGGAAUGCGAUCGAGUUGAACUGCUGUGCUGCGGAAUCUGAUAAACAAAAACUUCCAACCAGCAAAAUUGCACUUGUGACCUGUCUGGACGGCAUGCAACAAAGUUUUUCGCUGUAUCUUGGUACACUUUACAGUAAUAAACCAAUCCACCUACUCCCAAUCCUGCUAGAGCAGGUUAGAUUCUAUAUCUCCACUGAGGAAAGGAGGAAGUCUGCUGUAAAAAAAGCUGUGUAU